CGCCCGUAGCUGUGUGUGUGUGUGCGCGCGCCCUCACCUUCAGCCAUCUUAAACCAUGUUGGGUGCCGUGGGACGGUGCUGCAGCGGGGCUCUGCAGGCUUUUAAGCCUGGGGUUAGAUCCAUAAAGACGGUCAGUGCGAGACAUGCGGCUCUCAAUUCGACCAGGGGCUACGCUGUCCCAGCUGCUCAGGCUGCACUGGCCAACGGCCGCAUAGUGGCAGUGAUUGGUGCCGUGGUGGAUGUCCAGUUUGAUGAAGGCCUUCCUCCCAUUCUCAAUGCACUGGAGGUGGCUGGCCGGGAGAGCAGGCUGGUGCUUGAGGUGGCACAGCAUCUGGGUGAAAACACAGUCAGGACAAUUGCCAUGGAUGGUACAGAGGGUCUGGUCCGUGGUCAGCGGGUUCUGGACACGGGAGCCCCCAUCAGGAUCCCUGUGGGCCCUGAGACCUUGGGCAGGAUCAUGAAUGUCAUUGGAGAACCCAUUGAUGAGAGGGGUCCAAUUAGCACCAAACAGACUGCUCCUAUUCAUGCUGAAGCCCCUGAGUUCACGGACAUGAGUGUGGAGCAGGAGAUCCUGGUCACUGGCAUCAAAGUAGUAGAUCUGCUGGCACCCUAUGCCAAGGGUGGAAAGAUUGGUCUUUUUGGCGGAGCUGGUGUUGGCAAGACUGUAUUAAUUAUGGAGCUGAUCAACAACGUAGCCAAAGCUCACGGUGGUUACUCUGUGUUUGCCGGAGUGGGAGAGCGAACCCGUGAGGGAAAUGACUUGUACCAUGAAAUGAUUGAGUCCGGUGUCAUUAACCUGAAGGACACCACCUCAAAGGUAGCGCUGGUGUACGGUCAGAUGAACGAGCCCCCAGGUGCCCGCCGAGUUGCUCUUACUGGUCUGACUGUUGCCGAGUACUUCCGUGAUCAGGAGGGACAGGACGUGCUGCUCUUCAUCGACAACAUCUUUAGGUUUACCCAGGCUGGAUCAGAGGUUUCUGCCCUGUUGGGUCGUAUCCCCUCUGCUGUGGGUUACCAGCCUACCCUGGCCACUGAUAUGGGUACAAUGCAGGAAAGAAUUACAACCACUAAGAAGGGCUCCAUCACUUCAGUACAAGCUAUCUAUGUGCCUGCUGAUGACUUAACGGACCCUGCUCCCGCCACAACGUUUGCCCACUUGGAUGCAACAACUGUGCUCUCCCGUGCCAUUGCUGAGCUUGGUAUCUAUCCUGCUGUGGACCCUCUGGAUUCCACCUCCCGCAUCAUGGACCCCAACAUUGUUGGGGCUGAACACUACGAUGUUGCUCGUGGUGUACAGAAGAUUCUUCAGGAUUACAAAUCAUUGCAGGACAUCAUCGCUAUCCUGGGUAUGGAUGAAUUGUCUGAGGAAGACAAGUUGACUGUAGCCCGUGCUCGCAAGAUCCAGCGCUUCUUGUCGCAGCCCUUCCAGGUAGCAGAGGUAUUUACUGGCCACUUGGGCAAGCUGGUACCUCUCAAGGAAACAAUCAAAGGUUUCAAGAGCAUUCUAGCAGGUGAAUACGAUGCCUUGCCAGAGCAAGCUUUCUACAUGGUGGGUCCCAUUGAAGAAGUAGUCCAGAAGGCUGAGAAACUGGCAGAAGAACAUUCAUAAAUCAUUUGUCUGCAAGGUUGGAAAGUUUUGAGAUAGAUACUUGUACAGUAUAAUUUCUAUUUGAGGACCUUCUAACAUGUCAUGCUAAGUAUGUUGUGUUGUGGUUCCAUUUCUCUGGAAAGGUGAGGAUGAAAUUAAAAAUUACUUUGUGAUAUAUAAA